AUGGCGCACCGCGAGGAGCUCCGGGCUUCCCCGCCGCCGCCGCCCCCGUCCCGGUCCUCAGACGCGGCCGCGGCACCUCCCCUCGGCGACCCGGGGUGGCGGGUUCCGAGCGGGAGCGGCGUGGGCCCGGCGGACCCGUUGGAGGAUGUGGAGCUGCAGAUCGGGGACGCGGCAUUUUCAUUGACCAAGCUUCUUGAAGCCACGUCUGCGGUCUCGGCUCAGGUGGAAGAGCUUGCUCUGAAAUGCACAGAAAAUGCUCGCUGCCUUAAGAAGUGGCGGGGCCUCCUGAAAGAAGGCUGUGAUUCUCUGAAGCCUGGCAGCUGAGUGGGCAUGCUCAGUUCAGAUAACCACUGUGAUCCACACUGC